AUGACAGACAAAAUUGUGAAAAGUUAUCCUUUAAACAACGAAGAGCAAAUACCAGCCAUUGGAUUUGGGACAUGGCAGUUGCUCGGCAAAGAUUCCAUUCGAACUAUGAUUCAGGCCGCCAUUCAGGAGGGAUACAGGCACUUCGAUUUGGCACACAUAUACGGAAAUGAGAAGGACAUUGGUGAAGCAAUGAGCGAAGUUCUUAAAAAAGAAAUUGUUACAAGGGACGAGCUAUUCAUUACCUCAAAAAUUUGGAACACUUAUCACGACAAUGUUGACCUAGCAAUUGAAACGACCCUGAAAAAUUUACGGUUGGACUACUUAGAUCUCUACCUGGUCCAUUGGCCUGUGUCUGCGAAGCCUGAUCGCAAUUUUGAAGAAAUAACGGGAGAAGACAAAAAGGUAGUUCUGAAAGAAUUCAAUUUGAAGAAGUUGUGGGGUGACAUGGAGCGACUUGUUGAGACUGGAAAGACAAGAUCAAUCGGAGUCUGCAAUUUUGGCCGCAAAAACAUGGAAUGUUUGCUGUCGUUCUGCAAAAUCCAACCAGUUUGUCUACAAAUAGAAAUGCAUCCGUUCCUCAGGCAGACCAAUUUACUCAAAUUGUGUGAGAUGAACAACAUUGUGAUAACUGCAUAUUCGUCGCUAAGGUGCAUUCCGGACAUAAACCAGGGAAAGGGAAAGGCCAUCACUGACAUUGCCAGAAAAUAUAAUUGUUCGGUAGCAUCGGUGAUUAUAAACUAUCUUCUGGACAAAAACGUGGUGGUGAUCAACAAGACGUCCAAACCGGAGCGACUGGGAGACAACAUGAAAAAAAUUAAAUUGAGCGAAAAUGAUAUAAAAGAGAUAGAUGAGAUCAAAGAGGAGAAGAGAUACGUCGAUCCUACGCAAUUCGGCGAGGCAAGAUUUGAUUAA